UUUUGUUAUUGUAGUUGUGGUUGGCGGCGCAGUCUUUUGCUACUCAACUUUCCAAAAUUAUUUCUAUUUCUUCAGAUUAUCAUGUGAAAAAUCACAUUUUGCGAGAAAAUUAGCGCAUAUCCUUUAAAAGAUGGCUCCGGUACCGCUUGAAGGCCUGCAAACCCCAGUGGCAAGCAGCAUGGUGCAAAGUUUCGGAGGUGCUCAAGAAGGAAAUCGAGGGGGCCAAAUACCUCUUUCUAUGCUUAUAGAUUUUAUCGUUCAACGUACUUAUCACGAGCUAACCGUUUUAGCCGAGCUGCUUCCUCGUAAAACCGACAUGGAAAGGAAAGUAGAGAUAUACAACUUUGCCAUAAGGACACGUCAAUUAUUCGUUCGAUUGCUAGCGUUGGUUAAAUGGGCAAGCAGUGCGUCAAAAGUCGAAAAGUCUGCCCGUAUUAUGGCAUUUUUGGAUAAGCAGUCUUUGCUUUUUGUCGAAACGGCUGACAUGUUAGCAAGAAUGGCCAGAGAAACAUUGGUACAAGCGAGGUUGCCCAAUUUUCACAUCCCGGCGGCCGUUGAAGUUUUAACCACCGGUACAUAUGGCCGAUUACCCGCAUGUAUUCGUGAGAAAAUUGUCCCUCCUGAUCCCAUUUCAAUGACUGAAAAGAGAGCGACACUUUUAAGAUUAAAUCAAGUUAUACAGCACAGGCUUGUGACUGGAAAUUUACUACCGCAGUUACGAAACUUGAAGAUUGAAAAUGGACGCGUUACUUUUCAUGUGGAGCACGAAUUUGAAGUAUCAUUGACUGUUAUGGGUGAUGGUCCCAACAUACCGUGGCGGUUGCUUGAAAUUGAUAUCUUAGUUGAAGACAAAGAAACUGGAGACGGCAAGGCUUUGGUACAUUCAUUGCAGGUUCAGUACAUUCAUCAGUUAAUCCAAAGUCGUUUAGUUGAUAAUCCUGCUCCACUCACGGAGGUUUAUAAUUGUUUGCAUUUCUUUUGUCAGUCUUUGCAGUUGGAAGUUUUGUAUUCACAAACACUAAGGUUAAUGAGAGAUAGAUUAGACGAUCAUAUCCAUGUCGAUGAGUACAUUCCGGGUAAAUGUUUAACAGUUUCAUAUUGGAGAGAAUUAACAAGCAAAUCAAAGGAGAUGACUAAUAAAGAUCCUCGGUCAGAGUUAGGCUAUCGGUUAACUGUACAAGUAGAUAUUCAUGAUCCUGCCAGACCUUUAGCUGUGGUUCACAUCCCUUCUUUAGGCAAUAAAGAAACAGAAAUCACAGAUAGAGCGAUUCGUUCUGAGCUGCUGUCAAUGGAACGGUUAUUAGUACAUACAAUUUAUGUAAGAACUCGCAGUCGACUUAACGAUAUUAAACAGGAGUUGCAAGGAAUUCUAAAGGAUGUCGACAGUAAUCUACAAGGUUCACCUGCAAUCCUAUCAGUUGCGAUUUUGCAGCCAUGCUUACGUGCAGAACAACUUUUGAUAACUGUUGAUACUCACACUGGAAUGCUCCAAUGCCACGUUCCUCAAUAUGAUCCCCCACUUAUACCUGAAUUACAGAAUUCCCUUAACGGAGACCACGCUCGCUUGCCUACACUUAUUACUGAAUUAAGGUUUUGGAUCACGCAGCGGCGGUGCGAGAAAACUUUACAGCACUUACCUGCCACUGCAUCUGAACGACUUCCUCUUCUGCAUCACCCGGAUCAUCCACUAACAAAAAUCGGUCGACAUAGAAUGUAUGCUCAGCUUCAUCGACAUCCCAAUGUCGUACUUAUUGUUGAACUGAAAGAAAAAGAAAACAGUCCAUGCGAAGUGGAUUUUGCAUUUCACUUAGCCGUAGUAAAACACUCCAGCAUCGAAGACCACCCUGAUGAUGACAAUAUUGAAACGGAAAUCCCCAAGGUGUACUUAAAGGUUCAGUCUCUAAUCGAGUUAGACACGUUUGUCGUUACCCACGGACCAUACACAACUGUUGAUGACUCUGAUCACGUCGAACCUGGAAAUUUGAAAAGAAGGGCAACUUCCAAAAACGAAUCGCAUCCUAGAAGAACAAAACAACCGGCAUAUUUCAUAUCAGAACUUGCACAUGUGGUGGCUAUGUGUGAUGAACGCCUCCCCUUUGUUACAUUAGCGAAUGAGCUUACGAAACGCAAUAUUUUUCAUCAAGGCUUACAAGCAGAAGCGAAUGCAACUGGAUUGGUGUUGCGGCUGAUUCAGUUACCUCCUCCCACUCCAGCAAUAGGACAGUCUCCAGCAUGGCAGUCUCUACUAAAACGUCUUUUAUCAGCAUCCAUCAGAGUGCAAAGCAAAGGGAUGUUAAAAAGUUGGAUGACAGAAUUUGUGUUUUACUCCAGUCCAUUACUUAGCACCCAUCCUAAAGAGCAGGGUUCUAGACGUCCUGUUUAUUUCCAAUAUGAUGUGGGCAUUGCCGAUACAAUUUCACGAACCGUGGAUUCUUUACUUAGUGACUGGGCUCAGAUUGUACAUCUGUACACGAUUGUGUACGAAUUGAGCGAAUAUUUAAGUAUCGAAAAGUAUAAUUUGGCAAGUGUUUUUAGCGUUAAAUCGUAUAGUUAUAGCAAGUUAGUUCUUUGCUAUGGGCCCGAUAAGGGUGCAAUGGUUUCUAUUAACUGGAACAAUACCGAAAAGGCGUUUCAAUUGGCGUUUGGGGCAAGUAAUAACGCUUUAAAUGCUCAUUGUUUAGUACGAGAACAACUAGAAGCUCAUUUAAACCAACAUGGGAACCUUUCCCAGAUAGUGCAAUUGUUACACGAAACAUAUGAACCUUUAAUAUCUAUUAGUAAACUGCCAUCUUUACCACAAUUAGGAGUGCAUAAUGCUAGACCGCAGGUGCCCGUUCAAACUUUUACAGUUAUGGCUCAGAGCUGUACAGGUAUACGCUUGGCUUACCAGGGAAUGUAUUGUAUAGAGUUGCGUUUACGGGGAGGCGGUUUAGUAUCUUUGCGUGAUGGUGCUUAUAGCCAUUUUGAUCGGAGUAAUGUUGUGGAGGCGUUUACUCCAACUCAAGGGUUAAAAACGUUUUUAUCGAAGUACGUUGAUGAGAGUGCGGUAUUUCGUCGACGGUCGCAGUCCGAGGACGAUAAUCCGCCUUCGCCAAUCUCAAUGGAGGUCGACGGAACUAAUUUUCUGAUGCAUCAUAAAGGACCACAAUCACCAGUACAGGCACGAGAGGCCGGGCUUCGUUUCCAUCCUCCAUUAACACCACCUUCAGGUUCUAAUCCUCACACACCUGCUAGCCCACACACUACCAAUAUGAAUCAGCCUACCACUCACACUAGUUUUGGAUCAAGUCCGGCAACCUCUUUCAGUCUUGCAUCUCCCACGUCUCUUCCUGGAAAUAUAAACCCUAGUCCAAUACCAGUCCUUCCACACCCCAGCCCAAGUUCCGGUCUAGUGGCAAACUCACCAUUGAACCCUCACGUCCCUAGUCCCGGCGGAUUAUUAUCAAACUCGUCGCCGGGGCCUGCUAAUGCAAAUCUUCCAGGGCAUUCUCCAGGGAGCAGUUUUAUGCAAACCGGCCACAUUGACGGCAGUCCUUUUCCCUCAUCUCAAAGUAUGACAUCACCGGCAGCUUCAAAUUGGCCAGGGUCACCAAGUAUGCCUCGACCUUCACCAGCCAGACCUGGACAAUCACCUGGAGGUCAUCCUAUUAUGCAUAGUCCACAGUCUGAUCAUAAAAUAGCCUCUAUUUUAGGUGUUCAUUUAUCAAGAGUUUUGCCACAAAAAUCAUGGGCUGGUGCAGUCCCAACUUUAUUAACGCAUGAAGCGUUGGAGACGUUAUGCUGUCCCUCACCCCAUCCCCAAGGCCUUUUGGGCCAGGAGCUCGCGCCGCUUGAAAGAUUUUUAGGAUGUGUUUAUAUGCGACGACAGUUGCAGCGGUUUAUACAAAGCGAAACUUAUCUGACAGGAAUUCCUAAUAACGAACCGGGCGUCAUUCAUUUUAAGAUUUCCGACAACUUUCAGUGUCGAAUUGGCUUAAACCCCCAACACUUACAAUCAUUGCACCUAAAGAUAACACCUUUGCUGGACCAUAAAGAUAUAUGGAGUCCGGAAGAGCUACAAAUUAUGGAGAAAUUUUUUGACACUAGAGCGUCGGCUCCUCCAUAUAAACCAAACGGGAUGUUUGGAUUCUUUUGCAUGUUAAACGUGUCUAUCAAUGUCCUCAAGGAUUUCAUACAAAUUAUGAGGUUGGAUCUCAUGCCACAGCUAGCCCAACAACAGGGUUGUAAGUGGUCAGUGCAAUGGAUGCUUCGGAUACCACCUUCGGCUAUUCCAAUUGUACCAAUAGGCAUGGCAGCUUGUUUAGUCUAUCGAAAUAAAAUCUUAUUUUUUCUGCAAAUCACUCGUAUAAGUUUACAAUAUCCAAACAACAUGGAUCCUCCAUCACUAGUGCUUCCGUUAGUGUAUGACAUAAGUACGAAUUUAACUCAGUUGGCCGAAAAGCGGGACGCCGGACCCGCUACUGCAAUGUCCGCCGCUAGUCAACUGCUUAAACACUUUGCACAAUUUCAAACGACACAUUCAGAGUGUUCGUUGUUUCCUGCUGUUCGAGAGCUAUUAAUGAACUUGACAUUGCCGUCUGAACCUCAACAGCCCAGUCCUGUAUCGUCAUCAGUUCAACAAAUUCAAUCGCCUGCAAUGCAAAUAGGACAAGGACAAACAGGAUAUCCUGUUAACUUGCCUAUGGGUAUGAUGGGACCACAGUAGUAUUAUCUGAUGUAAUAAUUUCUUUAUUAAUAUGUAAAGUCUUAUUUAUUAUUUUGUUACAUUUUAAUAGUGAUUUUUUUGUCUACGAAAUGUUAACAUCAUUUUUUUAUAAAAUCUAUGGAAUUUUAUUGCAUGUGACUUAUGUACAUACAGUGUUUAAGUAAU